GCUUUACAUCCGGGUCACUGACGUCGGCGUCCUAUUGGUCGGUGUAACGGAAUGGACAACAUGUUACAAUUCAUGAAACUAGUCGGACAGCUGAAACGUGUACCACGAACAGGAUGGGUGUACAGAAAUAUCAAACAGCCCGAGAGUGUGUCUGAUCAUAUGUACAGAAUGUCUAUGAUGGCCUUAACCAUACAGGAUCUCACCGUCAAUAAAGACAGAUGCAUGAAGCUGGCUUUAGUUCACGACUUGGCUGAGUGCAUCGUGGGAGAUAUUGCUCCAGCAGACAAUGUUAGCAAAGCCGAGAAGCACAGAAGGGAAAAGGAAGCGAUGGUGCACAUCACAGGCCUGUUAGAUGAUGGCUUGCGGAAGGAGAUUUACAGCUUGUGGGAGGAGUAUGAGACUCAGUCCAGUCCAGAAGCCAAACUGGUGAAGGAGUUGGACCAGCUGGAGAUGAUAAUACAAGCUCAUGAGUAUGAGGAGUUAGAAGGGAAACCUGGAAGACUGCAGGAGUUCUUCACCUCCACUGAAGGCAGGUUCCAUCACCCCGAGGUAUUAGGCAUGGUGAAGAGUUUGAAUGAGGAGAGAGCUCGACACAUCGCUGCCAGAGGAGAUAAUGAUACAGAGAAGAUGACUGACGCGAACCCUCACACCCUAGCCACACCGUGAUCUCACUUGAAGCUACCUCCACACAUCUGUACACAAGAGUGUUUACUUUGUCCACUGUUUUACUCUAAUCUUAUUUAAUUGCACGGUUCUCUGCAGGACAAAAAUCUGUUUCCACUGUUGCAGUUUUGAUUAAAAUAAAAUGUGUUUUUUAUUGAAACCAAAAGGAAAUGCGACCGUUUUAUAAAGCUGUAAUGCUCAGAUGUAUUUGUGUUUUGAUUCACUGCCUUCCAGUAAUUGAUGUUUCAAUAAAAAUAUUUUACAUCA